UCGUCGCUCUGGAGAUAUUUGAGCAAAGGCUGGUGCAAAAUACAGAGUAGUACUCUCUGCGUACGACAAACCAUGGCCUCCAAAGGUUUCUUUUCUAAAAGAGUAGUAUCUCUCGCAAGCGCUACAAGUUUCCGCUACAAGUCUUGAGAGAAUUUGAACAGUCAAUUGCUCUCAAUUUUCCCUCGUUACAUUUCCAGUUCUAGAUAUCCAUUUUCUAAUUCAAUUUGCCUUCUUCAAAUCACAUUUUGAAACGGUAUCGUGGAAGGGUCAGCUGAGAAUGAGGACAGGUAGUUCCUGCCUCAAUUGCCAAAAUCGAGUGCUUAAUGCAGCAUCUUCUUUUUGUCCCCAUCCUAUUGGUGUCGCUAAUAAACAAGCAAGUAUUUUAAUUAAUACAUGUGUUUUCGUGAGCUACAUACAGUUGAAUUAUGACUACAAUAAACUCUAGUAUAAUUAGUACACAAAUUUACAGAUUGGGGGAUUUAAGAAGCCUUUCGAUUCCAUAUGUCAAUUCAAGAAGCACAGCAACUCAGUUUUCUCCCUGGCAUGGCAAUCUCAAACCAAAGGUGUGGUUCCGGCCGACCUCAUACAGUCGCUCGCUUAUCUACAGUCUAGAUUCUGGUCGCAGCCAUGGCUGCUAAACUACCUUCAACCUGCUUGUUGGAAUUGAUGGUAGGCACUUGUUAAUUUGCUCGUUCAGAGGCUGUGAGGCCCUUUCUUAGACCAUCUGUCCUUUCUACGUCACUCAGGCUGUCAGUAAAUCCAGUUGGAAUGCACACACUAGACCACACCCUACCAUUCCUGUCCUCAAGCGUUGCGUCAUAUCUUCGGUCAAUCAAUUAUAAUAGAGAAGAUGCCCAUCUCCAAUAGAUUUUAUUCUCAACAUAGUGCAAUCAUACCUCAUCAAUAAUCUUUAUUCAACCAACACCAUGACUUCACUACGGGUUUUGAAACCAAAUACAUUAUAUAUUAUUUUCCAAACGAGAACAACGAGAGACGUACCUAUACGUCCCUUAGGAAAUGACAAUACUAAAGUUAGUGCUUAUAUAUCCGGCUCAAAAGAUCCCUGGGUUGGACGCUGGGGUACAAUAAAUCCAAAACUAUCCACCAACAGAACAGUGAGGUUUAGAGAUGUCAAUCUUCGCCACCGUUCCCAAAGUUUCUUUCUUUGGGAGAUUAUGCCAACAAAUAACAAUAACAGAGUGCUGAAUCGUCUACAGCAAAUGUAUGUAAGCAACAAGCAUGGCAAUUGGACUGCCUCAAAAGCAUCAUUACGUCUCUUGCAAAUGUUACAUGGAGGUCAUAAGAAAAAUUUACUGUUCCAGCCAAUCAUUCCUGCUCAUGCAUCUGGAGUUUUCAGAACCAUCCAAGAAGCCGAAAGGAAACUGCCCAUGCAAGAUAGAGGGUUACCAAGCAACUUGACGAUAAUGAGAGUACAACCUGGCGAAAAUAUUCAGAUAGUAGAUUUUGAAUCGAAACCUACCCUUAAGAUUAUAGGUGUACUUUCAGAACAUCCGCAUCAUCAUCAUCAUCGGCAGCAAUGUCAUCACCGAAAUCCUAGACGUCCCCGUUUAGUAUCUCGAAAAAGUUCAUGGCAUAGAGGACAGCACUAUUAUGAUCAUAGACGCCCCCGUGAAAGAAAUGUGUCUUUCGAAGAUUACCCGCUGUCCAACAAGACAACAAAUCCAGCUAUGUAUGAGCCUAGAGUAGGUGAGUACAUGGAGCCACCUAUACAUGCUCAACAAGGUCAUUCGCGACGAUCAUCAGUGCCUCAAUUAUCAUCAGCAGCACCACCAAUCUAUCCAACAGUCGGUGCUCUUCCACCUGGAGGUUACGUAAUGCCACCUGUAAAUCCUCCCCAGGUAGUGGCUGUACCUCAAUAUCCUCAAGUCGUUCCGACUAUGGCAAACGGUCAACCUCUUCCACCACAGACUGCCGAACCAGUUCCAGUACCGAUGUCAAGCUCUACAACUGGUAGACGUCGAUCUAUAUCUUCGCACCCAAGUGAUACAUAUUAUCGCAAAGAGUCCAACUCACAGGACUCUUAUCACCCUUCAACUGAUUCAGUUGAUUACAAUCCCCGUCGUCGACGUAACUCUGAGUCUAAAGCAAGUUAUCAUGGAAAAAGAAAUAUAAAAGACGGAAAUAGUAGUUCCAAUCACGGGCACCAUCUCGGCGUCAGAGAAGCUCUAUCUCAUCUCAAAGAUAAGCUCAUGCAUCCUGUACCACCAACACCAUCCGAUCGCUCGGUCGCAUGAUAGAUAUAGUUAUGAUUUCAUGUGAGAAGCUUCAAUAUACGCUCAUGUAUAUUAUUUGUAUGAACGAAUUGGUAUUCUGGACGAGGUCAAGAAGCAUCUCACAUACGCAGA